ACUUACACAACUCGUUUCACAGAAGUUAAAAAAACAUGCGAUGCAAAACUUUGGAAUUUGGAUUGAUUUAACAUAUUUAACCUGGAGAUAAAAGCCACUGAGAGGAAUCGUCGUGUUUACAAGGGUGUCCUGGAAUGUUUUGAGGAGUCACACACAGGACUGUAACAUCACAGUGAUCCACACUGAGUCGACUUAGCAGGAGUGUAUCUGCCCACUGUGUAAGGGUGAACUCUGGUGUGUUAAACUGGAAUGUUUUAUUCUGCACAUCACGUCCCUGUGUCCUAUACUUUUAUACAAAAUGAAAGUGAUAGAAUAAUACAAUAUUGUUAUCAUUCAACUACCAGAGAUGUUUCCCUUUUGUAUUUAUUGGGCUUCCCAUUUCUCAGAGAGCAGACUCCUGUACAGUGAAUAGAAUUACUUGAAUUGGCUUACUGGACAUCAGAUACAGGUGACGAUUGAAACUGCACAACAGCACAAAUUCAUCCUCUGGCUGCGAUGAUGUUUCUACACAAAACAAACAAAGUAAUGUUUGCGAGAGCUGCAGGAAGCAGAGCCCUUGUUCCGCGGCACAUCUUUUUAAGAGGACUGGUCAAAGUACAGUAUAUAUUACUUUUGGCAUUUGUUCCAAAAAUACAUGCUUGCGAGGAUGCAGAAUAUUAUAUAGAAGGACAGUGCUGCCCAAUGUGCCAAGCAGGAACGCGAGUUUAUCGGCAUUGUACCCAGGACUUGAGCACAUCAUGCAUCCCCUGUAUGGAGUCGACCUAUACUGAGAAACCAAAUGGUCUAGACAGAUGUUAUGGGUGUAAACUAUGUGACUCAGAACUGGGGUUGACAGUAGUCCGGGAAUGCACAGUUUUCUCCGAUACUAUCUGCACAUGUAUUGAAGGGUUUUACUGUUUGGAUCCAUCAUCCUCUGGAUGCAAAGCCUGCCAAAAACACAGAAGCUGUUCACCAGGACAAUAUAUCAGAAAGAAAG